CUGGGAAAAUAUCUAUCCUGCUACAUUUAUAAAACACAUUGUAAAACAACAACAGUUGACCAAAGUGCUGUACAAUCAAAAUAGCAAAAGCCAUAAGCCAGAGCAGCUAUUUUGGUGACAGGGUUCAAGAUGAAGAAAACAAUGAACACAGUUUGGUUCCUCAUCCUUGCUCUGGCUGACUUCCUCUUCACACCAUUUCUUCCUUUUAGUGUGACAUACAUAGCUCUGGAUUUCCACUGGCCUUUUGGCAAUUUCUUGUGCAAACCGAACACAGUGAGGUUUCUGGACAUGUUUCCCUGUGUCUACAUUCUGGUAAUGAUCAGCUUGGACAGAUAUGUGUCUGUAGUGUGGUCUGUCUGGGCCCAGAACUACCGAAGUGUACCCGAGGUGUCCUAUGUGAGUCUGGAUGUUUGGGUACUGGGUCUGAUUCUUAGCCUUCCAUACUUCAUCAUUGGGGACACUGGGCCAUCAUAUGAUGAUGAAACAAUCAUCAAUUGCUACAAUAACUUUGGCUUUUCUGAUGACUGCAAAACACCGUCUGUGAAUCAGUUACCACUUCUUAAUUUUAAGGCCAUGACCAUCACUCGCUUCCUCCUGGGUUUUGUUGUUCCCUUCACUGUCAUUGUCUCCUGUUAUGCUGUGAUAAUCCAUCGUCUCAGGAGGAACCGUACCAGGGCCAGCCACUCAAGUCGCCCUUUUAAGAUCAUCGCUGCUGUUAUCACUGCUUUUUUCCUGUGCUGGGCUCCCUUUUACAUCAUGACUCUAAUUGAGUUAUGGCAUCACAUUGAUAAUAGGUCAAGUGAAGUAUUAAAACUUGUCAUCACUAUUGGGGUCCCUUUAGCCACCAGCCUGGCCUAUCUUAACAGUUGCCUGAAUCCACUGCUGUAUGUCUUCAUGGGCCGAGAUUUCAAGGAUAAAGUUCGCAAAUCCAUCCUGAAUGUAUUUGAGACUGCUUUCCGGGAGGAGUUUUCCCGUUUGCACACUGACACAAAGUCAGUGGACACCAGUCAGAGCCUUGACAUGUCAAUUCUAAAUACUCAAGUAUAA